UGGGUGAGGACUGCUAGAUAGGUGGUGUCGCGGUGAGUGAGGCCACAUAUAAAAGAACGUCGCAGCCGCGCUGACACGGCUUCAUAGGAAGCCAGUUUUGCUGACCACGUAGGAUCUGUGUUACACGAUGGCCCAAAGCGCGACGUGCGUGUCCAGGGUGUAUAAUGGAGUGAUUGAGGACGUUAUAUCUGGCGUACGAGAAAGUUUCCUGGAUGAAGGCAUAGAUGAGCAGGUGCUGACAGAGCUGCGUCAGUUGUGGGAGCAGAAGUUACAGCGAAUGAAUGUGAUAGAUAACUCUGAGCCUGGUUCAGCGUCCUCUCACCAGCAGCAACAGCAUCAGCAGCAACAACAGCAGCAGCAGCAGCAACAACAACAACAACAGCAACAACAACAGCAGCAGCAACAACAACAACAACAGCAACAACAACAACAGCAGCAGCAACAACAGCAGCAGCAGCAACAACAACAGCAGCAGCAACAACAACAUCAGCAAACACAAUCACAACCAGCUGCACCAGCACAGUUAGUAGCAAACUUAGUGCCGGUUCAGAUCACAGUGCCAGCUCAGCAGGCCGGGGGAGUGCCAAAGACCAUCACCAUCCAUGUGCCAUCAUCAGCACUGGCUAAUGGUGUUGCCGGCCAGCAGCUACAAGCCAUCCUCAGCUCACCAACAGCUGCUCAAACAUUCUCCUUGGAGGCUUGUCGGGCUGCUGAGAUAAUCCAGCGUAAGUUGAACACUGCCUUAGAGAAUAAUGGAAUUAACCUGCCCCCACAGCUACAACAGUACAGCCAACUUGCCACCACCCAGGUGGAUGGACCUAAUGAUGAGCCAUUGGGGAUGCCUCCCAAGAGCAUCAAAAAGACAGCCACCCGCCCUUCCCAGCCAGGAGCCACAUCCAGUAGCCACAACAUCCAGCCUACUGUCUCUGCAGAUAGGAGUAUAAUGGACACGAUACUGUAUGAAAGGCUAAAAGCUACUCAGGUUGAUGGUGCCUACGGUACUGGAGACAGCUCAUCGGAGAUCUCGGAUGACGACGAUGAUGAUGAUGAUGACAAGGAUGAGGAGGAUGACAAAAAGUCGCUGGAUGGUGAAGAGGAUGAGGAUGAAGGUGAUGGACCAGAGGAGGAGCCUCUCAACACUGAUGAUGAUGUUAGUGAAGAUGAUACCUCAGAUAUGUUUGAUACUGACAAUGUUGUGGUGUGCCAGUAUGACAAGAUAACUCGAGUGAGGAAUAAAUGGAAGUUCACCUUGAAGGAUGGCAUCAUGAACCUCAGAGGGAAGGAUUAUGUCUUUCAGAAAGCUACAGGAGAAGGGGAGUGGUAAUAAUGAGACUCCACCAGACACUUGAGUCUUAGUGAGUGAGGAGUAAGAGUUAGGAGCUGAAGGUGUGGGAGUGUGGACACCAGUACUUGGCUUAAGAACACUUGGGCUGUGGUGCCUCCUGCCCUGCACCAGUGAGAGCUAGAUUAUAUUGGGAAAUAUAUUUCCAGUGGACUCCCUUUCAUAAGUCAAUGGAAAUUAUCCAUGGACCAUGCCAGGUAAGGUCAGAUUGUGUGGAAAAUCUUGGAUCUUGAAUAUACUCCUCAAACAAAUGGAGUAGCAGGUGGAUUUAGAGCCAUAAUAAAAGUGGAGUCAGGAAUUUGAAAAGCAUUGAUGAAGGAAGUCUUAAAUUUUCACAACAUUGUCUGGAGGUUUUCAUACCAGUCGGUGUUUAGUUCCAGAAAGUUCAACACUAAACUUUUAUAAACUGUUACAGUAGCUUAAGGUCUUUGAAUUAUGAUUAACUGGAAACUGUUGGAAUGUAGUCUUUCCCUUCCAUUUUGUAAGGGUUUAUAAAGUAAAAGAUUAUUAUAAAGGAUAAGUAUAUAUAUAUACUGUAUACAGUACUGUACUCAGAAAAACUUAAAACUAAUUUAAAGAAAAAGCUUCAGUCGUUGAAGAUAAAGUCCAUAUUUUAUUGUUUUCUUGCUUUUAGUAUUAUGUUGUGCUUUAUUUUUAAACAAGAAUAAUACACCUGGAACCAGAAUAUCACACUUCAUUAAUCAUUCAUAUGCCCCAAACUACUCCAAUAUAUUUUCCCACACACUAAGAAGGUUUUGUGUGGAUGUUUAAAGUCUCUAUUGCUUUAUAUACUUAUAUACUUGUCAUUCAGGACUGUAACAGUCAUAACUGUUGAGCACAACUAGCAUCUUACACUUGGUAUAGCAUAUCCUCAAUUUCGGUGUCAUGCACCAGCAAGAUUCAUGGAUAAGAUGUCUUCAUUGCCUGUUCUUGGGUUCCUCAAAUGUGAAUGGUAUUUGAAUAGAGGAGUGUCCUCAGAUUUUUAUGCUGUAUCUCUGUAUUUCUGAAAGGAACUCUUGUUGUCUUAGUAACUUUUUGCAUUUUUACUUCUCAAAAAUUGGUAAAGCAGAAGAUCCAUUUGUCUCCAAGCACCACUACAUUAUGGCAGAACACAUGCAUGCCUAUAGGAAUACACAUCAGAAGUAAGGAAUACUGCAUAGAAUUUGUGAGUAGGAGUUAGAUUUUUGUUAUUAUUUAGAAAUGCAUGUGUGUGUGUGAUAAGAGAAGGCGUUGGAGAUUGGGUGGAAGAAGUGGUGUGUGAGUACAGUACAGUAGUUUAGAACAGUAGUAGUGUGAGUGAGCAUGUGGUAGCGUUCAUCAGCCAGGUGGAGCUGUAGCUAAAGUUUCCUUCACAAAGAUAGUAAUCUAUGUUAUUGAAGUGUGAAAGGGUGUGUUGAGUGAGGACAGCGAGUAUAUGUAUUGAUUAUCUAUAUUUAUGAGUUGAACUUGAUGAUAAUGAAAAAAAAAAAUGGCUGUAAUAGUUUGUACUAUGUAAAGUUUGAAUCUAAUAGAUAAAACAUUUUAAAUGAUAGUGGAUACCUCACAUGCUGUAGUAUGUUGGAAGUUGGUUAUAUACAUCACAUUUGCAGAUUAAUUAGCAUUUAUCAGUGCCAUGGGAGACUAAGGAUUCAGUAUAAUUAUUGGGUAGGGGUUUUAACAUGAUGAAACUGCAUGUGCAGGAAGAUAUGUCAUUCUAUUAACAUAAAUGUUCAGUGGCAAUAGAAAACAGUUGCCAGCUGUCUAGUGGGGAAAUAUUCCUGACUAAGAAAUAAUUCCUUUAGGGAGUAUUGUUACUACAACUAAGUGAAGACGAUGGCAUGUUGUAUAACACACACUGAUAGGGGGGGUGUUAAUGUAAAUAAUGGCAUAAAAUUGGCCUAAUAUUCACUCGAAUGUCUGCAUUUAGCUUCGACUAGUUCUUUCAUAACGGCUUUUAUUUUUAGUACACAAAUGAAGACAGACAUUAUAAUAAUGCUGUCAAUGUUCCUCACCUUGUCCCAGAUAACAUAACACUUGGCAGAAGCUUAAUCAUGGAUGUAACGACGGGUCUUAACCAAGCCUUUCAUUUGUUAUAAUUAGAAAUCUUAAGUGACCAUUUCAACAUGUUUAUUCAACCAUGGAAUUUGUUUUUGUGUACAACUGAUUUAUUAGUGUGUUAAGGGCAAUUGCAAUAAGAUCAUAAUUUUUCAAUAAAAAUGGUUCCAUUGAGAACAUUUCUAUUUAUUUUUAUUCCAUUCACACUCAUGGGAUGGGUCAAGGUUCUGUUGAAAAAUAAAGGAAUAAGUUGUUAGGAAAGAUGCCUUGUAGCUGGCCACAACUAUAAUACAAAGUGUAAUAUAAUAAAUGAUGAGGUGCCAUUUUA